UCCAAUCAAACGAGCCGUUGUUUACGAAUGUCGGCACAAGAACAAAAUGGCCGGCACUUCAUGUCUAGGGGUAUGGAGACUGGCAAGUGCUUGUUCGUCUCACUCAGGAGCCAUGUUGCGGUGUGUGCGACUACCUGUUGUCAGCGAGACAGCUGCGAUUUUGUGUCAGCACAGCGGCGGUCAUCCCCAACUUUUGAUAUCCAGGAAUGCAGGAUUCUUCAACCGAUUGACUGCGGAUGAGUUGUGGCAGGGGGUCCAAGGAGUCAGUAAUGCUGGUAAGAAGCGAGGUCGUGGCAAACUGCGGACAGGUGGCCGACGGAAGAUAAACCUCAACAAAGGCCAGGUUAUUGGAGAGGGAAGCACUGCCAUGGUGUGGCCUGGCCUCAACACUCAAGUGAUACAGGGAAGCCACCUGAUGCGGGUCCAGCAGCUGUCCGCUAACACGCAGCGCAUGAAGAGGAUCCAGGAAGCUCGAGAUAAAGGCACCAAGAGAAAAUCUAUCAAAACACCAGCUCUUACGGGCUACACAGGAGCCAAGUUUCCUGGGCAGAGUGUUGGAGCUCCUGACAAAGUUGGGGACUAUCAGUUUGAAGGGUUUGACUCAAAGAUCCUUGAGUUUAAGUUGGUUGCCAACAUGACCGGAAAUCUGGGCAAGAAGUUCAGGUCAAGUGCUUUUGUUGUGACGGGCAACAAGAAUGGCCUUGCAGGUAUUGCUCUUGCCAAAUCCUCCAGUUUCGACGGUGCCUUCAGGAAAGCCAAGAACAUGGCUUCUCAGCGCCUGCAGUAUGUCGACAGGUUCCAGGGACACACAGUGUACCACAAUUUCUACUCCAAGGAGAAAGAGACUGCAGUCAUGGUCAGGAAAGCACCCAAAGGCCAUGGUCUCCGAUGUCAUCGAGUUCUGAAAACCAUCUGUGAGAUGAUCGGCAUCGAGGACAUCUAUGUGAAAGUGGAAGGGUCCACAGGCAAUGUUCAGAAUAUGACCAAGGCUUUCUUCAAGGGUCUUCAGAAGCAAGAGACGCAUCAAGAACUCUCUGAUCGUAUGAACCUUCACCUGGUGGAGCUGCGGCGUGAACGAGACUACUUCCCCAACGUCAUCGCCUCACCCAGCUCAGAGGUCAGCACCAAGGGCAUCAAGGAGGACGUGGUCAACUUUGAAAACCUGUACUUCCGUGGACGAGUGCCACUCUACAAAGCUAAAACCAAGCCCUUUUGGCAGAAGCUUCCUCACUGGUACAAGAAGUGGGCUCAACUGCAUGUGGUGCGGAACCAACCUUCUGCUCAGCUAGAGAGGAGAGUUCUUGGAUUUGAACCUAGCACUGAUGAAAAAAAAUUCAGACAAUUGCCAUUGAAAGGGUCACGAGAGUAGAAGUCUUAGUCCUAAGAACUUUUGUGUCAGUGUUGGUUAUACUUGUAUGGUAUGAGAACUGGCUCAAGUAUGUCCAGGUUGGUGCUUGAGAUGAUCUACAGAGGAUAAAGUAGAUCCUUUGUGGAUGUUUUGUCACUGUGUCCCAGGGAGUGAUAAGUUUAGUUGUGUGAUAUUACUGAUGGAUAUUCUUGGAGACAAGAUGUGAUGAGGAUAUAUGUGAUGUGUUGUUGCUGAAGGAUGUAGUGUACUUGACAUUUGUUGUGUAGAUUAUGUUAAAGAGAUCUUUGAAGAAUAAAUCUGUUCUUUCUGUUGCAAUUGAAUGAAUUAGUCGAGAUGUCAAGAUGCAUAAAAAAGCUCCAGGCCCAGUUCCGUGAGAUAAUUCUAGCAUUAUUACCAUCUGGGAUGUUAAAGUAUUCCAGCACUGUUAAAUAUCAGUCGUUACAACUCAAACACAGAGUUUUGUUUAUGGAAAUUUGAUUCAGGAAGUGUUUUCCCCUCAGACACAGGAUGUUUGUGAGACAGAAGUGUACAUGUGUAUUCAUUAUGUGAGAAAUUAAAACGUUCAUUUCCA